AUGGAGAGAACCGAUCUGCGGCAAACGUUGGUGGAUCCGACAGACUCGGAGUGGAAAUCUCUGAGCGAUAGCGGACUUGAGAGCAUUUUAACGGAGACUAGCAUUCCGUACCUGAGGCGCGUGUACUUAGGGGCGUUCAUAGAGAUGAAACUACUUUUCAGGUUGGCACUUCCGGCGAUUCUUGUCUACUUAGUCAACGUCGGAAUGAAUAUCUCGGCUCGUAUCUUCGCCGGACAUCUAGGAGGUCAAGAACUUGCCGCAGCUUCCAUCGGAAACAGCUUCUUCAGUCUUGUCUAUGGCCUCAUGUUGGGCAUGGGCAGUGCAGUGGAGACACUAUGUGGACAAGCGUAUGGAGCCAACCGCUACGACAUGCUUGGGAUCUAUCUCCAGAAAGCGACCAUUGUCCUCGCUCUAGUUGGCUUGCCAUUUACAGUUUUAUACACUUUCUCUUACCCGAUUCUGCUCCUAUUAGGCGAGCCAAAAACGGUGUCGUACGCAGGUUCCUUGUACAUUGUCGGACUCAUUCCUCAAAUCUUUGCAUUUGCCUUAAACUUCACGGCACAGAAGUUCCUCCAGGCACAAAGCGUGGUGUUCCCUAGCGCGUACAUCUCAGGCGCCGCCCUCCUCCUCCAAGUCUUGCUGACGUGGAUCACCGUUCAUGUAAUGGGUCAGGGCCUAAUGGGAAUCGCUUUUGUCCUAACUAUCUGUUGGUGGUUCAUAGUUGUGGCACAGUGUUUGUACAUUACAGCUAGUCCAAGGUUCAGACACACGUGGACUGGUCUUCGCUGGAAAUCGUUUCAAGGUCUUUGGGGCUUCUUUAAAUUCUCUGCUGGCUCUGCUGUUAUGAUCUGUGUGGAAUUGUGGUAUUCUCAGAUUCUGGUUCUACUCGCUGGUUUGCUCAAAGAUCCAGCUAUCACUCUAGAUUCUCUCGCCAUAUGUAUGUCGAUUUCAUUAAUAUCAUUCAUGGUCUCCGUCGGCUUCAAUGCAGCUGCAAGUGUUCGGGUUAGUAAUGAGCUUGGAGCAGGAAAUCCGAAAUCGGUGUUUUUCUCUACAUGGAUGGUGACUUUUGUUUCCUUCGUUAUCUCCUUCGUGGAGGCAAUCGCCGUGAUGGCUUCACGUGAUCACAUCAGCUACAUUUUCACGGCAGACGUUAACGUAGCUAAAGCCGUCUCCGAACUUUGUCCCUUUCUCGCCGUCACAGUCAUACUCAAUGGAAUCCAACCCGUCUUGUCCGGAGUGGCAGUGGGAUGUGGAUGGCAGACGUACGUGGCAUAUGUGAAUGUUGGCUGUUACUAUAUCGUUGGUAUUCCCAUUGGUUGUAUUCUCGGCUUCACUUUCGAUUUUCAAGCCAAGGGAAUAUGGACCGGGAUGAUUGGAGGUACCCUCAUGCAAACCCUCAUCUUACUUUAUGUCACGUAUCGAACAGACUGGGACAAGGAGGUGGAAAAGGCGAGAAAACGUUUGGAUAUGUGGGACGAAAAGAAGGAACCUCUCGAGAACUAG